AUGAAAGAAUGUCUCGAGGUCUUGACUGAGAGAAAAGAGACUCCCAACGACGCAGUCCUUGUACAGCUUGUUCAAGCUCAACUUGUCGUGGACAAGGUGAUCAGGCGGUCUUGGGACGAAAGUGGAAUUACCGCUGAGGGUUUAGACAACCCCCGGUUACCGACAUCCUUUUUUAUACAAACGAUGCGACAACAGCUGCAAAGGAUCAAAGGUCGGAUUCCACCUGAGUUAGCGGACAACAAGGUUGUGCUUUUCCAUCUGUACCAAGCCGAAAUGGCUGUAUACGAGACUGCGCUGUCGAGAUCACCGCCACGAGUCGAAGACGUAGAUGUCACUCGUAUCAGCCAUCUAUAUGCCUGUCUAGCAGCAACCAAGAAUUGGUUCGAUCUCCUUCUCACCGUCAGUCCUGAAGAAUACGUCUCCCUGCCGAUAACGAUCAUCUUCCAGGUCUCACACUGCUUGAGUACCUUGUUCUAUCUUUCUACAUUUGAUUACCCGGGUUGGGAUAGAGAGGCAGUUACCCGAACAGCCGAUCUCCAGUUCAUCUCGCAGCAGGUGAUUGACCGACUGGAUUCAGUGGCCGAAGCGGCAGGCAUUCAGAACGAAGGAACGGAUGGGGAUUCGUGGAGCAAGGCGGCCAGAAUCCUUCCUAAAUUGCAGGCUAGUUGGGCGUCUAAGCUCCCGAACACUGUGGUACCAGCUGUGAAUGCAGUAGGACAAUCAUCAGCUCUUUCUAGUACUGAUGAGGGCUUUCUCGAGGCAUACCUCAAUUGGCCGGAUAUAUGGUUGCAGCACCAAGUCGACGAUGGCGCCAAUAGUCUCGAGUGGCAAGCGGCUUAA